UUUCCAACACUCUUUGACUGGUGUGAAAGAUGCAUGACAGGUCUACUAGCGCAUGUAACCUUGUAUGAGACUUGAGAAUAUUUUUUGAAGUUACAUAUAUUCUCAGUUCAGCCUUUAUCACAUGCUGUCCUCUGGACAGCCAAUGUUUUGAACGUGUUUUGUUGUUGUUCUUAAAUAUGUCCAUUGUUGUAACGGUGCUAGCAAGAAGCUGUUGAACUUCGGCAGAAUGCGACGACUUUUAACACGGGUAAUAAACCGAGUUUUGUUGAGUGAGCUGUUCACACCGGCGAUGGGCAUCGAGGCUGAAAUACACACAGAAGGCCGCCGACGGCUGGUGGUGGGGCUGGGUAACCCAGGGAUGGAGGGUACCAGACACAGUGUUGGCAUGGCGGUGCUUGGGGCGCUCGCCACCCAGCUCGGCGUGGCUGACCGUUGGCAUCGUGACAAGCACGUGUCCGGUGAGGUCACUGUGGCAGAGGUACAACAUACACAUGUGGUGCUGCUUCGUCCCUGGCUGCUGAUGAACGUCAACGGGGUGUCAGUUGCCAAAGCAGCUGGUAAAUAUGGCAUCAAGCCUGAAGACAUCCUGCUGGUCCAUGAUGAUCUGGACAAACCCCUGGGGAAAGUUGCCAUCAAACAUGGAGGAAGUGCCAGAGGUCACAAUGGAGUCCGUUCCUGUGUAGACUGCCUUCAGACUGAUGUGAUGCUCAGACUUCGGGUCGGGAUCGGCCGGCCAACGACAAAAACGAUGGUGGAGCGUCACGUCCUGGGCCGCUUCUCCUCAGAGGAGCAGAAAGUUCUGGACUCUGUUCUGGUCCAGAGUGUGGACCUCCUCCUCUCCCAGCUAUCCCAGCAGGACCCCCAGUCCUCACCAGCAGGGGGCAGACCAGCAGCACAGAAUAAGAAGGAGAGGGAGUAUUCAGCAGCUCCAGCUGAUGGCUCUGCUGCUGCUCAGAGCUGAAGCUCAGUGUUCCUGAACUCAGACAGAACAGGAGACCAUGGACCUUUACAGAAAGAACAUCUGGACUGAGACUUAAUUUAUUCUCUGGUGUUGAAUGAGAUUUCUACAGAGUAUGCUCUCAAAGCAGAUAUAUGACUAAUUCUGUGUGGAUUUAGUUAUAAAAGGUCAUUUUGCUCAAUGAAAUGUCAAAAAUGACUGUAGCAUUAGCACAGGUUGCCAGCCUGGACAGUAUUCAGUACAACCAUUGGUCUGAUUGAUGGUUAAGAGAAAAAAAACUUCUGUAAGAUUUCUGUAAGAUUUGUAGUGACAUUCAGUCAGAAGCAGAACAGGAACUGAUCCAAAAAUAUGUUAAGAAUAUCUAAUACUUCAAGACAUGACAUUAUGGAGAUAUUUUGCAGUUUUCUGGUACUGAAUACCGAACUUGAAUGGAAGAAAACAUUAUCAGGUAUAUUAAUCUUUAAUUGGCCGUCUCUUGCUCUUUUGCUGAAUAAAAUAACAAGUGGACAGCGCAGAUAGACAGGUACUGCCAGAAUCUAUAAUUGAAAGAUGUAUUAAUGUCACUUUUGAUAGGGAUCAUUUAAAUGUAGUUAUGAAAUAACUGAGAUAGAUGUGUGCUGGUGUUUUGAAAAAUAAACCGUUAGUGUUCUCUGCUGAAUGAACCUAAGUAAUGGAGACACUAGGCAUCAUAUAAGAA